AUGGGCAGAAACGCAAAGUCGUCAGCGACACCUGGGACGCGUAAAAAGCACGCUACAAAGAAAGCUGACGAAACUCAGCCACAAAAUAAGCAACAAGCUUCCAACAAGAAGAAGUAUAGCAAAAAGCAUGGAAUUGGACAGGCGAAACCGCCACCACCACCAAAACGUUUCAUUCCACCACCUAAACCUCCUCGUCCAGCUCCAGAUCCACUAGAAGCCUGGGGAUUAGCAAGCGUAUUGCCAGCUGAGUUGGUAGUCAUUUUAAAGAAGUUCAGCAAGAAAGAUGCCACCACGAAAGUGCGUGCUGUUGAGGAUUUCUAUCAUUGGGUCCUAGAUGUCGACAGUCGGGAAGGAGGAAGACAGUCUUUGAUAGUUGCUUUACCAGUAUGGCUCCAUCAUCUGCCAUAUAUGCUGUUAGGCUCUAAUAGACGCCUCCGGCAGGUCUCACUGAGUGUAAAUUUAGCACUUCUCUCAUCUGACUUGGAUGAUGUGCGCUCAAAUUUCCUCUAUACGAUUAGCGAGUCAGAUUACGAAGCCGCUUUGGGUGCCUGGUUGCUCGCAAAUCCACAGUCAUGGUUAAAUAACGUUAUUUUCGAGGGAGAGUCAGAAGAUCGCGUUCAACUACUAGAGGAAUACCAAGUUGAACCGGUUGUUAAUUACAUCAGCACAGCUAUCCGCUCUCCCCAGCUUUUGCUCCCUGGUAGUGCAUCUAGCGAGACAAAGAAGGACCUUCUUGCAGAGCAGGAGGAAAGUACGAAAUCGAAAGAGGCGAGGAUAAAGUCAGCUGGUUUGAACGCACUUGGCCAGCUUAUAAUGACCAUUCCUAUCAGCUUUGACGUGCAUGGUUUAGUCAGAGAUCUGCUCGAUUCAGGCGCAAUCACUGAUUGUUUCCGUGCUGACGAGGGAGAGGAAGUCGUAAGAAGAGCUGUCUGGUCACUCCUUUUACCGCUUCUCAAAAGAGAUAAUGGUAAACUCGUUGAAGAUAACCUGAACGCAUUCGCUUUGGCUAUCGUCAAUAGCGCAUUCACAGAGGGCGAGUCGACUGUCAGAUCCGUCCUCUUUGACGGUUUGCUCACUUUCCUCCACCGCUUCCCAUCUUCUUGGGAAAUAGCAAUUGAGGAGGAAAGCAAUGAUGAGAACGAAGAUGAGAUUCCGAAAUCUGUCAGCAAUCUUCUCACAUACCUUGAACUUGGAUGCAGAUCGAGUCCACCUCAGAUAGCUUAUUCAAGUAUGCUCGUAAUUAUAAUGACAAUGCCAAAGCAAUAUUUAGGUAGAACCUGCUUGUCGAGGUUAUUAGUGUCGUUCUUAGCGCCUCUUUACUCAAACAUGUUCCCAUCUCCACCUUCACUCCAGGCAAGACACGCUGAUGCUCUCUUGAAGGCCUUCUGUGAAUGCUUAGUCGCAAUUGUGGUAAAUGUAGUUGAGUCUGAGGACGAAAAGAUCUCUGUAGCAGUCGAAUGGUUUAAGGGCAUCUGGGAGGCAUAUGUGACUUCACCUACUCGUGAUGCUAAUUUGAUCGCAACAGACGGUGUUGCUGAGCUGUUGUUCAACACUCUGGUCAAAUUAAAGAAGUCUAUUGGAGAUAUUGUCGACCAGGCCAUUGAUGAAGUUGAAGAGGACACGCUUGGUAGCAGUAACGCGAGGAGGUCGAUUGAGGUGCUCUGUUUCAUGACCAACACAGCAGAGGGCCAGGAUAAGACAAAACUCGCGUCCUUGAUAGAGAAGACAAUUAGUGGCACUCUCAAUGAAUCUGUCAUCGAUGUGACGCAAACUGCCUUGAAGAACGUCAAUAGCAUAUCAACUAUUCAAUCAAUUUUACCACAAUUGGAUGACUUUAUCUUGGUCAACGUACCUACUCUGGUCAGCGGCGAAAAGUCUUCUGAAGUUAUAGAUCUUCUGCUUGCAUACAUCGCUAAACGCGAUAAUAAGGAUCUAGUCAAACAAGCCUGGCAGGGAGUCCUCAGCGCCGAGCCCUCUCUCGAGACUGUCUCAAAGUUGCUCGAUGCUGAUGAAAGACAGCAACUUAGCGACAAAGAUUUGGAAGGCGCUGGAACAAUUGGAGGUAUAGACGAGAUGGUCCUCCUACUAGCAAAUAGAGAUAUAGAAGGUGAGGCAGAUGGUGUUGAAAAGCGUGUCAUCAACGGCGUCAUGCAAUCCACCGAGAAGUUCAUCAGCCCGGUUAUGGCUCAGUCACUUGAAAGCCUCUACGUCAAUGCCUUUAGAGGAAGCGUAGAAGCAAAGUUAUAUCGCGAUGUAGAAAAGAAAUCAGUGAGCGUAUCAUCAAUUGAAUGCGCCAGUAUGUCAGUUCUUAGUCAACUCGCUAAGGAGAUCUUCAUGGAGGCUUACAUUGUUAAUGACGAUUGUAUUGCCAAGAAGCUCUGGGAGGAAUUGAAGACAUCGACUGAAAUUACUGCGUCUGUCAGGGAAUUCGUCGUUGGUCUUAUAUCCAAUGUGAAAGUCUUAGUAGAACCUAAAACUAUACUUGGAGCAUACUACAACAACCUUGCUGAAAUUCAGCAAGGGGAUAAUAGUAUCACGAACAGGCUUGUUAGUGCACUCAACGAGCAGCAUGAUGUUCAGCUUAGCAAACCGUUGCCUUCUUCAUUGGCUGUUCUAGAUGAAUUAGUUCCCCACACUUCUGAUUACGAAGAUGCUGAAGUCGAUUGGGAAACUUAUGAUAACAGAGGAUAUUCAAGCUAUAUUAGAAAUGUCGAAGGGUUACUCAAUUGUUUCUCCCGGGACACUUCAAUUGCUGUCAAUAACGCCGACGCACUCAUCAUUAUCUUUGGUGCACUGCGAGUUGUAGAAGAUGAGCUUAGCAUAACUGGAUGUACUUCAGCAUUCUCAAAGGAUGUAGGGAAAUCCUUGUUGCAGAAUCUUUCCGGAUCGCUCAAGACUAGUUCAACUUACACACUCUACAAGCUGGGCACGGCUAUUGAUCAGACAUCAUUAAUUAAGGCUAUCAGGAGCGGUAGUGAUGUGGAAGGCGCACUCACAGUAGCCCUCCAAACACUCUAUCAUGAUGGAAGAGUAGGUAGUUUGAGAGUCUUUAGGGAUAUUCUCCAAAGUGUACUUAAACGCGUUGAAAAUGUUGAAAAUGAUAGGUGGAUCGGCAUGGCUGGUGAUGAAUACACAAAGGAUAACGGCGAGUUCAGAACGAGAGCUUUACUUUUAUCUGUUAAAAGUCAUGCUAUUAGUUCACCUCGUUUAGCAAGAUUACAAAAUGAGAUUGCAUCUCAACUUACCGGUAUUUCAGCUGCAGAUGCUUCCGAGAAGGGUCUUCCAUUGUUGAGAAUACUUAUCAGUUCAGCUCCACCGCUUGACGCUGAAGAAGGAUUACUUCCCCAACAGAGAGCCCUUUUCUUGUUAAAAUGUGUCAGAGACUGGGUAAUGAGUGACGAGGAUCUUGACGAAGAACUUGAUGGAAGACUUGCGGAAUUAUUCAUUCAUUUAGUACCGGUAGUUCAAGAAAUUGAUGGAUCUCACUGGGAUCUUGUUUUCGAUCUCGUGGAAGCUAACAUAGAAAUUGCUUCUCUCGAUGAGAGUGUCUUACUAUAUAAUUCGCUCAGGCUGUUCGACCAGUUGAUGUACAUCUCGAAGACGAACUCGACAUUGAGUCAUAUUUGGAAAGAUAGACGAUCUGUCGCAUUUGAACAUCUCCGCACACUCUUUUUGAGUCUGGGUGAAGAUGCCAGCACUGUAUCGACAAGACCACGUAAUGUAUGUGAAGAUCUCGUUCUCAAGCUUGUCCAAGCUUUACCAAAGGAUCUCAUAUCGGAUGAGAGCUUCGAACCAAUGAUCAAUAUGCUCAAUAGCUACUCAAUUGAAGUUAGAAAGGUAGCUCACAGGUUGCUGUACAGAUUAGUAAAGGCACAGGUAGAAAAGACCGUCAUUGAGAGCGCGGUUGACAAUGGUGAGGAAGGUAGACUUCCAAACAUCAUUACGGAUAAAAUUGGUGAAAAGAUCACUUACUCUAUUGAUGAUAUUCGCAACGACGGGGUGGCUAGAAGACAUGCAUUUGCUUUGCUAUUACUUUGGGAUAUCACUUUCCAACAUUUCCAUCAUGCUUCGGAUGCACUUCGCAGCAAGUAUAACGAGCAGUUCCGUCAAUCAGGUGUGAUAGGAAAUACAUUCCUACCAUUGAUAUUCACAAUUAUGGGCCUAUUUGAUAAGAAUAAGGCGGUUGAUUUAUCAGCAUACCAAAUUGACGAGUUUUAUGUGCAGUAUUAUGAAGAUGAUGAGUAUAUCCCAACGGCUGUAUUUGCUGCAUUUAUUUACUACAAAUCUUUGAAGUAUAGCUCUGGUCAUGUCAGAGCCUGGUGGACGUCUAAUCAAAACAGACAGCUUUCUAUGAUUGUCAAUGGAGCUACCGCCAAGUACUUCAGUCCACAAAUUAUACAGGAUGAACUCAAGCAACUUCGUAAUCCAUCAUCACUCAAGGAACUCCAGAAUGAGGCGUUUAGUAUCAAAGUUGCUCAAAAUUCUAGUGAAGUCACGGCUACCUACAUUGUGGACGAGCAGUCUAUGGAGAUUGGUAUUAAACUGCCACAGCUAUUCCCGCUCGAACCAGUUGAGAUAAGGAAUAUCAGAAGAGUGGGUGUUAAUGAGCGUCAAUGGAGAGCAUGGUUGUUGGCUGUCCAACAAGUCAUAGGAACGCAGUCAGGCCCAUUACUCGAAGCUUUGAACUUGUUCAAGAGGAAUGUAAGCUUACAUUUCGAUGGUGUCACCGAGUGUGCUAUUUGCUAUUCGAUUGUGCAAACGUCAGACCGUACGCUUCCAUCGAAGAAGUGCAAAGUCUGUAGCAAUAAAUUCCAUGGCGCUUGUUUGUACACUUGGUUCCAGUCUUCUACGUCAUCUACUUGUCCACUCUGUCGUCAAAUUUGGUAGAAUAUUGUAAAUAAACUAUUUUAUAGAGAUUGAAAUCUGAUUGGAUUGCG